CGUAACCCACGAGUGUCUUACGUAUAUAGAAGGUUCAUUGAGACAUUUCUGAGUAAUUUAAAUCAUUAUUUUGAUAAUACGUCCAAAAUGAGCUGUUCCCCAGGUGUCCCACGUCCGUACGAGCCCAUUGUAAGGAACCUUCACCGUACUUUCCUUCAGAUCCAUCGUCUCAAUUCUAUAUAAUCUCCCUAGCUCUUACAUGCAAUUCAAUAUAUCUCUAAUACUACAUUCUUCAGUCCAUUCUGUUAUAAUCCUAGCUAAAUAUCUCGAAAACGUUUAAGAUCAUUAUGGCUCAGAUUAACUUCGAGGGUUUGAGAGAGCUACACGACUGCGCAAACUAUCUCCUCGAUCACUGUCCACAAACAAGAGAAUCUCUGUCUGAACAAGGACAAGAAAAGUGGACGGAACAAGUUUCCGAAGCUUCACUGAGGAUGUUGGACAUCUGUAGCGUAUCUAAAGAUGUGAUGACGCUAGUGAAGCACAGCUUGCACGAUCUACAACUUACUCUACGUGGAAACGAAUCAUCAGAUGUCAACGAGAAGAUCGGGGCGUAUAAUCAGUGCAAGAACAGGCUCAAGAAGGAGAUACUGAAAUGCCUAAACUGUCUAAAGAGCAUGAAAGGAAGCGGAGGAGGGGGAAUGCCGAUAGAACUUAACCUUCUUUUCGUAACAGAGGUCUUGAAUGAAGUGAGAGGAGCCGUUGUGAUGAUGGUGGAGUCUUUGUUCUCUCUUGGUUGUAUUCCUUGGCUAGAGAAGAGAUCGGGCAAAGGGUCUUUGUCUUCGAUCUUUAAUACUCGAUCUUCGGAUUGGUUAGAUGAUAUUUGGGACGAGACGGCGGUUCAGAGCGCAGCUACGAGGCUGGAAGCGGCGGAAAUUGCUGUUGAGGAGCUUGAGAUAGAGUUGGAGUCUAUUUUCAGGCGAUUGAUUCAUACAAGAGUUUCACUUCUUAAUAUUCUUACGAGCUAGAUGUAUACAUGUCCAGUUUGGUUACGCUUUGGGACAUGUUUAAUUAACAUUACAAUAUUACAUUGAUUUCUACUUUAUAUUCAUGUUUAGCAUGUUGAAUCAUUAUAUUCAUGUUUUACCUGUUUCUAAACCAGUUAAUUGGUUAGAGAUUUAAGGUUAACUAGAUCUUGACCCGUGCGACCGCACGGGUAUUUAUUUUUUGUGUUUAGUUUUUUGUUUGUAUUAAAUGAUAUAUUUGUAAUAUUUGA